CGUUUGUGUAAGCACCAGGUCACUCAGAAACCGUUCGACUGCCUGCGUCAAAAGCCCAAGUAAGCAAUGCAUUGCAUGUUGAUCGCCCAGCGCCAGAAAUUUGCGAUCCCGGCCACUCCGUUCUGUUUUUCUUUUUUCUUUUCUUUCCUCUCCUUUUCUUUCUUUUUCUUUCCCCACAUCAAUCGCUGAACCAAUUAACUGGCACAUGACCGCAAUUAUGCGGAAGUGGGCCAUAGUAUCAGAGUGGGAGGAGCACAAAGGGAGGAUUACUGAUCUGUACUGGCGCGAUGAUAUGCCGUUGAUAGAGGUUGCGAGUGUCAUGGGCACAGAACACGGAUUUCACGCUACGCCCAAAAUGUACAAAGCAAGAUUCAAGAUGUGGGGUUUGAGGAAGAAUCUUAGCCAGAGAAAACGUAGCCGGGUUUUGAACGCAGCCUCGCAACCGGGAUGCCCUGCCGCAUCUCUUGCAUUAUGUCGCCGCGAGCUCGCUACGGCCAGGUUGGACCAGAAAGUGGAAUGUUCGCGACGACAAUUAAUUCCAGGGCCGUCUUCACGGCCAAAGCCUGUAACGACAUUACCAGGACUGUCAGUCUCUGUCCUGGAGGCACCGGAUGAGCUAAGCGGUGCGGAAAAGUGCAUCCGUUGCAUUGUCGACUACACGCAAAACCGCCUCGAGACUGGGGCGUGGAAACCAAACAGAUAUAAUAUUUCCCAAGAUACAGCUGCGCUGUGGUUCAUGGAGACAAAUCUAGUAAUCAAGCUGUUGUUGCAUGAUCGCGCCUGGCCUCAAGCAUUCGAUUUACUAAGGAUGUGUUUCUUGGAGUGCGAAGCAAGGCUUGAUCGCCAAGAACCAGCUCUCAUGCUUGCAUUUUUGGUGAGCGCUCUCGGACUUCGAAGUGUCAGCCAUGAUCUAUGUGCAUCUUUACUAAGUCACGUUGCAAAAAUGAGCUUUGUUAAACUAGGGCCCUCUCAUCCCUUCAGCGUAUUAUUCUCUCAACUCAUCAAAUCACAAUCGCACGGAUCAAGUGAUUGGUUGAGGGCAAUGGCAGGCGCGCAACAUGCUGCUAUCCGGGAAAACACCAAGCCGUAUGCUUACAUCAGAAAUAUCUCCAACAUCUCGACCAUGCACAGCCUCAAAGCUUUGGUUAGCAGUGGCAAGCUGUCCUACACCGAAGCUGAAGUCCAAUUUGCGGAAAUGACGAGGGAAAUGGUUUUUUUGGAAAACGCCGCGGACAACAUCGCUUGGUUGUGCUGGGUUCGAAUCAGUUGGGCAAGGAUACGUUGUGAAUUUGGCAAAUAUGACGAGGCGCAGGCACUGUUGGAGGGUCUCCCGGGCGAGCCUCUGAGCCAGGCCGUCUACCUAAGCAACGCCGUACCCGAAGAUGUCCUAAUGGCCCGGGGGAGAAUUCUGCUAGGCCUGGGAAAAGAUGAAGAAUCAGCACAAUCCUUCGAAAGAGCGCUUGCGGUCUGCGACGAGACUAUGACAUUUGAAAGCACCUGUGUUGCAUGGGAACUAUACACAUAUUAUCUCACAAGAGGAUCUACUAAUAACGCACAGAAUGCGAAGGCAGUCUUCCAGAAGUGUUUUCGGGGCGUUAUUGGUGGAUCGAAGAAACCUCGACUGCCUCCAGCUUCUAGCUUGGGGCAAAUCUAGGUUAGGUAUAUCUACCCAAUUACCAAAGGCCAACCAGUAGUCUAGUGUACCGGUUGUCUAGCGUAUCAAUGCGAAUGCAAAGGUUAUUGUCAUCAUCACCAGAUGUAACAUCGCCAUAGUGAACAAGCAAGGUAUAGGAUGAGCCCGAAAACAUAUUUCACAGCGUGCGGACCAUUUGAUCCUGAGAUGCUGCCGUGCCUGUGGCCAAGCAACUUGCGUUUUGUGAUUUACACGAUCAAACAAAGCAGGGGCACCACGAAGACUGUAUAGGCUUACAGUUUAUCCACAGACUUGAGCCGAGAC